AUGGAUCGAACCAAUACGACCAAGGUGGAGCUCUUCGAGGAGCAAGAUGAAGUACGUAUCAUCGUAGAAAAGUUAAAGGAAAAGAUACGAACUCAAGGUUCCAUUGAAGCUUCGUGCGACGAAAGCUUAAGAGUUCAGCCUUCAACAUUCAUCACAACCGACAGAAUAUCACUCCCACCGGCACCAAUUAAGUCUUCAACUUCUAAGGAAUGCAGAGAAACACUACUACUACCAGUCUCAGUGCUUGCGGCGCGCUUUUCGAAAAACAGUCGGGUACACAAGGCUUUGCUCGCUCGCAAGAGAAGGCUGCAACGCCACGGGAUCACAAUAAGCGUUCGUUUGGCGACUGCAACAGAGAAGUCAUUGAAACACAGGUGUCGGAAAUUUAGCCACUUCGAUGGUCGCAAGGAUACAUUGAGUCACAUGAGUUCUGAUGGCAUGAAAGAUUUUUUCAGAAGAGUGGUUGGUGUGAGAAUAUACUACAUGAUGGAAAUAAGAGGAUGGUGGUUUCUACAAAAACUAUCUUGA